AUGAUUCGGUUGUGUGUUACGUUCAACGGAAUAGUUGAUGAUCAUAAGAGUAAAGUCCUGUUCGAUUUGAAUAAGGACCCACAUGAUACAAGUGAUGAUGGUGAUGAUGUGGAAGUUGAUCUGGGAAAAUCAGUAGCUAUUAUUUCAAAGAAUUCACAUAAGCCGAAUGAUGAUUUAUUAGAAAAGCCUACUGAUGCUAAUCUUGGUGAUGCUGCUGGUUUAAAGUUGGAAGAUUCAAUGGUAAAAAAGGACAAAUAUUUUAGCAGUAAGGAAGCUUUACAGGCUACUAUGGAAAUGACUGCAUCUGCAAGAACAAUUGGACAUCUCAUUAAGGAAAGUUAUGAGGGUGUGAAGGAAGUUAACGAAGUUAGAGGAAUUCCUGAGAAAAGUUAUGCUAAGAUACCAAAAUAUUUGCACAUGCUACAAGAAGCGAAUCCUGGUACGUUCACAAAUUAUGAAAUUGACUUUGAUGGAAGAUUCAAAUAUCUGUUUAUUUAUUUUCGUCAAUCAAGAAGAGGGUUCUACAAGGCAAUGCAGAAAGUGAUAGUAGUUGAUGGAACAUUUUUGAAGAAUAAAUACAAAGAAGUUCUACUAGUUGCUACAACUGUAGAUGGUAACUCCAAUUUGUAUCCAAUUGCAUUUGGAAUUGCUGAUUCUGAGAAUGAUUGUUCAUGGGAGAGGUUUUUUAUGCAACUUAAGAUGGUUAUAGCAGAUGAAGAAGGUUUAUCAUUUGUGUCAGAUAGACAUAGGUCGAUUGCUAAAUCAAUUGGAAACAUCUACCCAUUGGCUAAACAUGGUAUUUGCAUCCACCACUUGAUUAGUAAUGUGAUAACAUAUAAUAAGGGCAGAGGAGUCGCUGGUAUGGUUGCAAAAGCGUCAAAAGCUUAUAGAGUUUAUGAGUUUGAGAAAGAGUUUGCGCCCAUUAACAAUAUUAGUCCUGCUAUUGGAAGUUAUCUAGAGGAAGUGGAUGUGAGAAAAUGGGCUUGCUGUCAUUUUCCGGGUUAUAGAUAUGAAAUUAACACCAACAAUGCGACGAGUCAAUCAAUGCAGCUUUGA